GACAUGCUUGAACUAGAUCAACGAGGAAAUGCUCAACUAUUUGAACCAAAUACCAACAGUUUCUAAAUUUUGGCUUAUAGGCAGUGUACUAGUAUCAACUCUCGUACAAGUAAACGUUAUAAGUCCAUUGAACCUCUACUUUAGCUUUCACUCUGCCUUUAUCAACAACCAACCUUGGAGGAUUCUCACCACCUUCUUCUACUUUGGUGAUAUCUCAAUUGACUUGUUCCUUCACCUCUUUUUCUUCGUUAGAUACUCGAGAAUGUUAGAGGAGGAACAGUUUGCAUCUAACAAGGCAGAUUACGUUUGGAGUUUGAUAGUAAUGUCUACCAUGUUACUAGCUAUGUCGCCGCUUAUCAAUUUACCGUUCUUAUCAUCAGCACUCUCAUCUGCUUUGGUAUAUAUAUGGGCGAGAAGUCAUCCAAAUGCUCACAUUGGAUUGCUAGUUUUUAUCAUUAGAGCAAGUUACCUCCCUUGGGCUAUUGUCUUACUCUCUUGGUUGAUAACCGGUAGAGCGACAGCAGCCACAACUGAAUUAGCUGGCAUUGUAGUAGGACAUCUUUGGUACUUCUCAAAAUCUAUUUGGCCAAAAGAAUUAGCAGCUAAAGGCAAGCCUUUAUUACCAACUCCGAGGAUUUUAACAGAGUUGUUAAACAACUGAUUGUAUAGCAUAACAUCAUGUACUUUUAUAAAUGUAUUCAUUC